UCAGAAGAUAUUAACCAAAUUAAAUAAUAAUAAAAAUCAACUUGACAAACUCACGCCCUAUCUAAUUAAAAACAUAUAAACAAAUGUUAUGUUAGAACCCUAGUUUUGCAUCUUCCACGGCCACCUUUGCGUUUUAACAAUCAAGGUUGAUCCUGUCGCUAUGUCUUCAAAGAGGUUGAAUCUUGGUUCCAAAGAUUACAUCAGCGGCUUACCAGAUUGUCUUAUAAGUCACAUCUUGUCUUUUGUUCCCACCAAAGAAGCUGCUUCUACUUCUGUUCUAGCCAAAAGGUGGAGAUAUCUCUUUGCUCUUACACCUAAUCUUGAGUUCAAUGACUCUAUCUACCUGAAUUCUGAAAUUGCUAAUCAAAGGAAGUGUACUUUCCCGUGGAUAACAAGAAAAAAGGGCAAAACUCCUAGGAGUUUUGUGGAUUUUGUGGAUAGAGUGUUGGUUUUGCACCAUAAUGUUCCUUUAAACAGAUUCUCUCUCAAGUGUGAAGAUGUCAUUCAUCCAGCUAUUAUCAUUGGUUGGUUACUCAAGGUGAUGGACCGUGGUGUGUUAGAUCUUGAUCUAAACAUCUCGUCUGAAAUGGGUUACCGGCUCCCUUCAGAGAUGUUUUGUAGCGAGACUUUGGUUAGGCUGAAACUAGGAAUAAGAGAUGUUCUCACUAUUAAUAAGGAGAAAGGUGUUUUUCUUCCAAAGGUUAAGACACUCUGUCUUGACUAUAUCAUGGUAAAAAACAGUGUGUUUGCUAAGCUUCUGUCUGGAUGUCAUGCGCUUGAAGAGUUAGUUCUUAACAACUUGUUCGAGGUUAAGGGAUCUUGUUCUGUUUUUCAUAACACCCUCGAAAGGCUAGUGGUUCGCCGUUCAAGAACUUUUGAUGAGAACCUUGAGAGUGUGUCGUUUAGUACCCCGAAUCUUGUCUACCUUGAUUACUCUGAUGCUAUCGCAAACAUGUAUCCAAAAGUGGAGUUUAACUCGCUGGUCGAAGCUAGUCUCGAUCUUAUAAUGACAAGCGAUCAGAUUGUCAGCGCAAUCUCAAAUGAGGAUAUUGAUAGAUCACCUCAAGAAGAGAUGGUUGGUAAUGCAACAAAUUUUCUUAUGGGAAUAUGCAAUGUUAAGAUCCUUUACUUGUCAUAUAACACUCUUCAGGUACUUACUUACUGCUGCAAACCAAUACCACAAUUCAACAACCUGAUUCACUUAACCAUUCAGACUGACCCAGAAGUAGCUUGGGAGCCACUACCGGCUCUACUUAAGAAUUGUCCAAAGCUUGAAACCCUAGUCUUUGAGGGACUCCAUCACAAAAUCAAAAACUGUUGGGAAGAGGACAUGUGCUUGUGCAAACCUUGGGAGGAGGACAUUCCUACUUGCCUAUCAUCAAGUCCAGUGAAGGUUCUAAAGAUAUUGAAGUUCGGAGAUAUCUUUGGUGAUGAGGACAUAGAGGAGCAGAUAAAGCAGGUGCAACACUUCCUAGAGACGAUGCCGAAUCUUGAACAACUUAUAUUGUAUUAUGAUACAUCUUUUGACGAAGAUGUGAAUGAAGUGUCAGCACAACUUCAGUGGCAUCCAAGAGUAGCUUCAUCCAAGUGCAAGAUUUCAGUGAUCUCUGAUAACCUUUGCUUGUCAUCUACUGUGCCAUGUUCGGUAGUGAGUAAAUGGGGUCGUCUUCUUUAGAAGAACCUUUCUGGAUUUGGCGCUUUCUUCUGGACCAAUCAUGACCUUUUUCUUUUGUUGUAUUCGGAGCCAAAUAUGGAUGUAUCUUUUGUAAGGCUACUAAAGAGAUCUAAACUCUAACCAGGAAUCUUGUGUUGUUAUGUUUUGUCCUUUCGCCUGGCAAUGGCAAGUGGUAA